UUCCUCUCUCCUGAUUGGCUGAUCGCACCGCUCGCGGACAGCACCUGCUCUAUUCUAACAGGCGUAUUUAAGUAGAGAUCCAUUCUCUAACGCAUACACAGCACGUAGACAAGUUCAGCAACAGCACGUCUUUUCAAACAAGAUGCUUUCUUCCCGUGUGCUGCUUCGUGGUUUGCGGGCUGAGACCGGGUUCUGGAGGAACCUGACCACCUCGACCAGAGCCCUGGCUUCACAUGGUCACAGUGUAGAUGUGAUCGAUUGCACUGUUCCUCAGUACAAUAACCGCCUGGAUACACCACUGCCCGAUAUUCCAUUUGUCAGAAAACUCACUCCUGAGCAGAAGAAGCUGAAGGAGAAGGAGAUGGAGCCAUGGACCAAACUUUCCAAGGAGGAGAAACUAGCAUUGUAUAGGCUGACGUUCGAACAGAGCUAUGCCGAGAUGAGGAAGAGCUCUGAUGAGUGGAAGACAGUGUUGGGAGGGGUCCUCUUUUUCCUCGGCUUCUCUGGCCUUUUGGUGUUGUGGCAGCGUUGGUAUGUUUACGGAGAUGUGCCACACACACUUUCCUCUGAAUGGGUGGAGAAGCAAACCCAACGGAUGCUCGACAUGAGGGUUAACCCCGUGCAUGGCUUCUCCUCAAGCUGGGACUACGAGAAAAAGCAGUGGAAGUAGAAUCCCACUGUGGAAAAGCACAUCCAGAGCCGACUUUAACCCUGGAUUUAAAUCUUAACAGAUUUAAAAUGUAUACACUCCUUAAAUAAAAUAAAUGACUUGGCUUGAAUAUAA